UGACAGCAGUCUCCACUCCCGGCGUGCAGCGCGAUGGACACGUCACGUACGAGGCAGAGAGAGGCCUGAAGAAGCGGAGCCGGGAGCUCGACGGGGGCGGCUCAGGAACCGGGGAGAGCCGGGAGAUAGAUGACCAUUGGAAAUGUCGGUCAUUCUGUUUGCUUCGGUGGUUCGGGGAAGAGAUGGACUCCCACUAUCCGCCUCCACUGACCACGAGCAGAACAUGUCCGUGCAGGAGACCAAGAAGUACCUAAAAGUGCUGUCCCGAAAACUGGAGCAGCUGCCGGACCGGUGCACCCUGAGGAGGGGCCCGCACCAUGUCAACUUCAUCAGCUCCCUGGGUGUCAGCUACAUGAUGCUGUGCUCGGAGAGUUACCCCAGCGUCCUCGCCUUCUGCUUCCUGGACGAGCUUCAGAAAGAGUUCAUCACCACUUACCAAAUGGUUCACAUCAACUCCGCCAUCCGGCCGUACUCCUUCAUCGAGUUCGAUAAUUUCAUCCAGAAGACGAAGCAGAGAUUCAACAACCCCCGCUCGCUGACCACCAAGGUGAACCUCGCCGACAUGCAGACCGAAAUACGCCUGCGGCCGCCCUACCAGGUCUCCCUGCAGGAGCUUGGCCUGGAGAACGGGGUGAACCAGCGCAAAGACCCAGCCUACAAGGGGAUAGCUCCUCACCAGCGGCUGGAACCAUUGACUUUGACUGGGAUUAUCUCGUGUCUGCUCAGUCUGCUGUGUGCCGGCCUCAAUCUCAUCCGCGGAUUCCACUCGGUGGAGACUCUCUUGCAGAGUGAUGAUGACGUCAGCUGUGUCAUCGCCUUCUUCCUGGGAACAGCCGCCUGCCUCUACCAGUGUUACUUGUUCGCGUACAGCACGAGCUGGAGGAACACAAAGUCAUUCCUGGCGUUCGGCCUGAUCUGCCUGUGUAACAUGUACCUGCACGAACUGCGCAACCUCUGGCAGCUCUUCUUCCACGUCACCGUCGGAGCUUUCACAACUCUGCAGAUCCGAAUGCGGCAGCCACAAAGUAAAUCACCCGAUUAUAACGUCUGAUCUAGCCCCGCCCACUGCGCUGCAGGAAGAAGUGGACCAAUUCCUUGUUAACUGCCUGUUUUUAGUUUUUUUUUUUUUUUACCUGUUUUGGGGUUUUUUGCAGCCGUGGCGUGGGAUCCUCACACGUGGCAUCUGCGCCAAUGCUGCCUACAGUUUACUGGUCCCGUCGCCGCCUGAGUUAUUGCCUUUGUAAGGCAGUUUGAUUCUAACCAAUAAAAUGAUUCUGAACAGA